AGAAAAAGCACAAAUAAAAAGAUAAAAGGGGUUUUGGUUUGGAAAAAAAAUUAUUAGGGAGAAGUUUAAAGGAAGAAGGCAAAAAAUAUUUGUGUGUGUGUUUCCCCCUAUCUGUCUCUUAUUCAAUGCUUUACCGAACUCAACACCACUCUUUUCUCUCCCCUUUCAACCCUUUUACCUUCUCUUCUUCCCUAUCUCCUCAUCCUCUUCCUCCGCCUUCUUUUUCCUCUCCUUCACCUCUUUCUCAUUCGCCUUCUGACCAGGGAAUGGACUGUGUGGAAGGGGCGUUGAAAAGCAGUUUUAUGUCUGAGGCAGCGUUGAAAACGACUCACCAACAAGCCUAUGGGGAUGACUUGUGGGCCAACGGAAACGGUCAAAAUGUUGUCUCCGGCGACGACUUUUUCGUUGACGACCUCCUUGACUUUUCCAAUGGCUUCGUUGAAGACCAAGGAGAAGAAGAAAAGGGAGAAGAUAACGCUGUUCACAAAAUUUGUUCCGUUUCAGUUUCUGUUUCGCCCCAAAAACCACUUGAGGACAAAGAAGCUGAGAAGGAAAACGACACCGUUUCCCCCCCUGCAAAAGAAGAUUUUGAUUCUCUUCCUGGGAGUGAACUCAUUGUUCCGGCGGAUGACUUGGAUAGCCUUGAAUGGCUGUCUCAUUUUGUUGAAGACUCGUUUUCUGAAUACUCACUCACUUAUCCUGCCGGAAAACUACCGGUCAAGCCUGUCGUGAACCAGUCGGAGGACGGUGAAAUUCCGGUUCAAGAGAAGUCAUGUUUCAUCACUCCUGUUCAAACCAAGGCCAGAACCAAGCGUGGGAGGACUAACGUUAGAGUUUGGCCAGCCGGUUCAGGUUCAUUGACCGAGUCAGCUUCCUCUUCGUGUUCGUCUUCCUCCACCACAACCAUGUCCUCAUCUCCUUCCAAUUGGGUGCUUUACCAAAUACCGGUUCACACUGCUGAGUCACCAGGUAAACCGCUAGCUAAGAAACCAAAGAGGAAACCGGCGGUUCAAGGUGGAAAUGGGCCUCAGCAACCGCGGCGGUGUAGUCAUUGUGGGGUUCAAAAAACCCCACAGUGGCGGGCCGGUCCAAUGGGUGCGAAAACGCUUUGUAACGCCUGUGGGGUUCGCUUCAAGUCCGGUCGGUUGCUUCCGGAAUACCGGCCGGCUUGCAGCCCAACGUUUUCUAGCGAGUUGCAUUCGAACAAUCACCGGAAAGUUUUGGAGAUGCGGCGAAAGAAGGAGUUUGAAGAAAGCGGUUCAGCUCAGCCGGUUCAGAGUUUUUGAAGAUAUUUUAAUUAUUAAAAAAGGUGUUUGCAGUGUAGGGAAUUUUAUUUUUAGUUAGGAAAGAAAGGUAUUUUAGAUGAUGGAAAAAAAAAAGAGAACCGGAGUGGAGGGAAAAAAUAGAGCAGGUUUAGUGAGUGAGCUAGGCCCGGUUUAGAUGUACAUUGCUAACAUGGACCCAUGAUUUGGUGAGGUAGGUUUCAAAGGUUAGUGUAACGGAUGGAGGAGUCUUUAAUGUACUUUACCAGAUAAAAUUCCCAGAAAAGAAAAGACUUUUGAAAAAAA